AUCAAAACAAAAAAAGGUUGCACAAAAUCAACAAUAAUAAUAAGGAAAUAAGGUAAUUAAAUAGUUUCAAACAGCUCCUGAACAUCCAUAAUGAACUCGAAAAAGUGUUCAGCAAAGGAAAAUCAAAAUCCCGUCCGAAAAUCCAUUUUAAGAUAUCCAGAAGUGCCAUUAAAUAAUGAACAAAUCAAUAAGAACAAAAGAAUCACUGUUUAUGGACCUGAAUCCUCAAAAAGGUCCGAAAAUACAGAUCAGAAACAAUCGAGGAAGUCACUUCAUGAGCCAACAAUCAACAAAUUAGCAGAAUGGCGGAAAGUGCUGGAUGAAGUUAAGAAUUAUUCAACAAAAGAAGUAAAGGACAUGAAUGAUGUCAGUAAAACUACCCAAGAUUUUAUCAAUCGUGCUGUCUCAUUGAAGCUUAACUUCCCAACAACUGAAACAGUUUUUAAAAAUCUACCAAAGAUUGAGGAUGAGAGCACUAAAGAGACAAAUCGGUUCAUGCAAAAGCUAUCAAAGAAAGAAAUUUGUGGAAAAAAUAAAGAUGACAUCCAAAUGAUGUUAAAUGAAAUAGUCGAGGCUGAAUAUAGAUGUGAAAGGAAGAAUGUGUCACAAUCUAGCACUGAUGAAUGGCUGAAGAUCAAUAAAUUUAAUGAACCAUCCUAUAAAAUGCCGAAUAUUAAGUCUGAAACGGAAAUGUAUAAUGAACAAUUAAGGAAGGAUCUGUAUCACUAUCUUUUCACUUGUGAUGACUAUAUAUCCACAAAAGUCACAUUUGAUCCAUCAAGCAAACCAGAUGUAUAUCGCAAGGAUAAAGAUUGCAAAUGCAUGACUGAUUUCUAUACUCAACAUUCUAUGUGCUCUUAAUUAGUUUUUAAGGAAUUACCAUAAUUACCCAAUAAUUUUAUGCUUAAUAAAAUCAAAACGGAAGUUCUCUUUAC